UACAAAAACCAUAAACGCACAGUAUGGAAUAAAUCACGAUAAUGAGAUUGAAACUUGACAGAAGUAUCGCAUGAAAAAUACGAGGAUCAAUGAACGUAGAGAAUAUAAAAUUAUUUAUAAAAAUCCAAUUAGAGAUAAACAUAGUAAAUUCUUUAAUUUAUUUUACACUGUGAAGAAUAAGUACGUUAUGACCUUAUAUCGCUAUCAAUAAUGCAUGGCUUGGCGUGUUUCAAAUCGAUGUCGAAUUGUGAUAAAGGGACCUAGAUUGAUCGAAAUUACAUUGAAACCUGAACUUACACUGAAGUAUCAUUGAUCGAACUUGAAUAUGUGAACAGCGCACAAGUUCGGAAUGUGAAUUUAAGCUUGAACGCGUUUUCCCACGAGUUCCUGAAAAUAAAAAUUUGCUUGACAGAUAAAUAAUAAAAUAUGCUUGCGAAUACAAUCAAGAAAAUAUGGCGUACGUUGGUCGAAGUAUACAACGAAUUCUCGAUCGAAUCUACAAUACACGGAAUGAAGCAUACGACUCGUGCUAAAUCAAUUAGUAUAAGGAUAUUAUGGAUCAUCAUUAUAACACUUUCUUUCUUGAUUGCUGCAAAAUUAGCAAUGUUGUUCUACAAUCGACAUCAAUUAGCGAACAUGAGUACUUUGAUAAUCAGCUCUCAAUUUCCAACUAAAAUAAUCCCAUUACCAGCCGUUACUCUUUGCCAUGGAAACAUUGCCGCAAUACAGAAAGUGCUUUCUUAUUUGACAUCGCGAGAACGAAUAUAUAUUCCACGAGGUUUAACGCGAAAAGAUUUUGAACAUACCGUAAAAUACUUACGCGAAGCAAUUUAUCCAAAGAAUCACUAUCCAGAAGAAUUAGAUAAAUUACAACAAAUCCUUACGGCAAAUCGAUUAUCGUUGCCUGAAUUAUUCGAGAACAUUAGCCCAAACUGCACAGAUUUUGUGAUAAUGUGUCGAUUGAAUGAAAAAAUUAUACCAUGCGAUAAGAUGUUAAACCGUGUAACCACACGUUACGGAUUAUGUUGCGCCUUUAAUUACGAAGAUCCAUACGAAAAUUUAAGAAGGUCGAAGAAAGAAUCUAUAUCCAACUAUAGCGUUAAUUUUGGAUCACGUUAUAUCGUGUCUUUUCUUAUGAAACCUUUAUCUUCGCAUGAUCGUAUGUCGUCUACGAUAUACGGAGACGGAAUAAAAGUAUUAAUACACGAAAAAUAUACGUACCCAGGACCCACCGCUUUUGAAUUUAUCGCUGGUUCUGGUCAAGAAACGAUAGCUAAACUGUAUCCUACUGCUUUGAUCAGCAGCUCUGAAAUUUUAAGUUUACCGACCACUGUUAGAGGAUGUUACAUGACUUGGCCAUCCCAGAAAAAAUAUCGCUAUCGCGCAGAUAAUUGUUAUAUUCGUUGCCGUGAAACUAUAAUACGCAAACUUUGCGGUUGCAUACCCUUUUCGGCAUCGCUCAUGAAAACUGGCGUAGGAAUUUGUAAUUUAACUCAUAUUUCUUGUCUCGCACAUAUCACGUUACAAACAUAUACCUUGACGUUGCAAGAUCCAGAAUGUGACUGCCUUCCUGAUUGCGAAAGUACGUCGUACAAAGUCGCAGUUACCACAUUACCUAUGUCUGCUAUUCAAUAUUCUCCGGGAAAAUUUUAUGAAGCUGCUGCACGAAUUUCAAAUGCAACUCUACUUCAUAUUACGUUUGCCAGACAUUCGGCGAUAUUGCAACGGAGAGAAUUAGUACUUUCAUGGAUUAAUCUUAUCUCUUCCCUAGGUGGUGUUUUUAGUUUAUUUUUGGGAUGUAGUUUCAUUUCGCUUGUCGAAAUAUUGUAUUUCUUUUGUGUUCACUUUUUGUAUAAAUUAAAAAUAAGUAAGAGUUCAAGCUCAGAUUGCGAAUAAACAUUAUAACUGAUCUUAUUAAAAAAAAAAUAAAAAGAAUUUUGUAAAUUUUCUUCGUAAAAUAUACGAAACAAUAUUG